AUGAUGCCAAGCUGAAGGGACUGGCAGCUCCCAGCAAUCUGUCAAUGAAUCAGACACUAGAAGGGCAUAGUGGUGCUGUGCAGGUGGUGACUUGGAAUGAACAGUACCAGAAACUGACGACAAGUGACCAAAAUGGCCUCAUUAUUGUGUGGAUGCUUUAUAAAGGUUCCUGGUAUGAGGAGAUGAUAAACAAUAGGAACAAAUCAGUUGUUCGAAGCAUGAGCUGGAAUGCGGAUGGGCAGAAGAUCUGCAUUGUCUAUGAAGAUGGAGCUGUUAUUGUUGGAUCAGUAGAUGGUAACCGGAUUUGGGGGAAAGAACUAAAAGGUAUCCAACUGUGUCAUGUUGCUUGGUCACCUGAUAGCAAGAUUCUUCUUUUUGGCAUGGCUAAUGGAGAAAUCCAUAUAUAUGACAAUCAAGGGAAUUUCAUUGUAAAGAUGGCUAUGAACUGCUUUGCCAAUGUGACGGGUGCAAUCAGUAUUGCUGGAAUACAUUGGUAUCCUGGAACAGAAGGCUAUGUUGAACCAGACUGCCCUUGCUUGGCAAUCUGCUUUGAUAAUGGAAGAUGUCAAAUAAUGCGCCAUGAGAAUGAUGAAAGUCCUGUAAUGAUUGAUACUGGAAUGACUGUGGUAAGCAUCCAGUGGAAUUACUGUGGGAGUGUUCUAGCCAUGGGAGGCUCGCAGAAGGUAGCAUCCCAGGAUAAGGAUGUCAACGUUGUACAGUUUUACACACCUUUUGGAGAGCAUUUGCGUACAUUAAAGGUCCCUGGUAAACAGAUGUCUGCAGUAUCAUGGGAAGGAGGAGGCCUAAGGAUUGCACUAGCUGUAGAUUCUUUUAUAUAUUUUGCCAACAUCAGACCAGAUUACAAGUGGGGCUAUUGCUCCAACACUGUUGUCUAUGCACAUACCAGACCAGACCGCACAGAGUACUGUGUUGUCUUCUGGGAUACCAAGAACAAUGAGAAGUAUAUCAAAUACGUCAAGAGCCUAAUGUCCAUAACCACCUGUGGGGACUUUUGUAUACUGGCAACCAAGGCAGAUGAUUCACAUCCUCAGGAAGACAAUGAGGCGGCGUCUGUGAGUGCAUCGUAUAUGCUUGUCCUUUGUAAUUCUAUUGGAACUCCUUUGGACUCAAAAUACAUUGAUAUUGAUCCACUGUUUGUGACAAUGACCAAGACCCAUGUGAUUGCGGCCUCCAAAGAAGCCUUCUAUACUUGGCAGUACCGGGUGGCAAAGAAACUAACAGCAAUGGAGAUCAAUCAGGUUUCAAGGACAAGAAAAGAAGGCAGAGAAAGGGUUUAUCAUAUUGAUGAUACCCCUACCGGAGCUGCUGAUGGAAUGCCUGACUUCACAAAAGCCUUCACUGCUACGAGAGAUUCUAUUUGCUGCAUCACAGCCACUGACAAGACUCUGAUAGUGGGCCGUGAAUCUGGCACUCUCCAAAGAUACAGUCUGCCUAAUGUUGGCUUGGUCCAGAAAUAUGUCUUAAACUGCAGGGCCUAUCAGCUCUCACUUAAUUGCAAUUCCAGCCGUCUUGCCAUCAUUGAUAUCACAGGAGUUCUGACAUUUUUUGAUAUUGAAGCCCGUGUGACAGACGGCUCAGUGCAUUCAACAGUGGGUGAGCUGCUGAAGUUUGAGCGCAAAGAUGUGUGGGAUAUGAAGUGGGCCAAUGAUAAUCCAGAUCUCUUUGCAAUGAUGGAGAAGACCAGAAUGUAUGUCUUUAGAAACUUGGACCCUGAGGAACCUAUCCAGACUUCUGGGUACAUAUGCAACUUUGAAGACUUAGAAAUAAAGUCUGUUCUGCUGGAUGAAAUCCUAAAGGAACCUGACAUACCCAAUAAAGAUUAUCUCAUCAAUUUUGAGAUCCGGUCUCUACGUGAUAGUCGGGCACUUAUUGAGAAGGUUGGAAUUGAGGAUGCAUCCCAGUUUAUUGAAGAUAACCCACAUCCUAGACUAUGGCGCUUACUGGCUGAAGCGGCUCUUGUGAAGUUGGACCUUAAGACAGCUGAGCAGGCAUUUGUGCGCUGUAAAACCUACCAGGGCAUUGAGUUUGUGAAACGUCUCAGUAACCUACAGAGCGAGUCCAUGAAGCAAGCUGAGGUUGCAGCUUAUUUUGGGAGGUUUGAGGAAGCUGAAAGAAUGUAUUUGGAUAUGGACAGGAGAGACCUUGCAAUCAGUCUGAGAAUAAAGCUAGGGGAUUGGUUCCGGGUACUCCAGCUACUGAAAACAGGCUCUGGUGAUGCUGAUGAUACCCUUCUUGAACAAGCGUACAAUGCCAUUGGGGACUACUUUGCUGAUAGACAAAAGUGGGUGAAUGCUGUUCAGUAUUACCUGCAAGGCCGAAACCAGGAACGCCUGGCUGAAUGUUACUAUAUGCUUGAGGAUUAUGAUGGAUUGGAAAGACUUGCAAAUUCCCUUCCAGAAAAUCACAAAUUGCUCCCUGAUAUUGGCCACAUGUUUGUGACUGUAGGCAUGUGUGAACAGGCAGUGAGUGCAUAUCUGAAAUGCAACAAACCUAAAGCUGCUGUUGAUGCCUGUGUGCAUCUUAAUCAGUGGAAUAAAGGUGUUGAGCUGGCGAAGAACCACAACAUGAAAGAGAUUGGAUCCCUUUUAUCAAAAUAUGCAUCCCAUCUAUUAGAGAAGAAUAAAACCCUGGAUGCUAUUGAGCUGUACAGAAAAGCCCAUUAUUUCCUCGAUGCAGCCAAACUGAUGUUCAAGGUACUUCUGUUUUGGUUGUGGUUUUGGGUAGCCAAUGGUUAUGAAACUCCACUUGACCUUGCUAUGUUUUUAUUAUGACAUGGGUUUACAACAAACUUCACAGUGCUGUGACAGUGAGUGUCAAUUUUGCUAAUUAAGGAGG